AAUUUUUUGUAAAUUUCAGUUUGUUGAGUUUCGCAGUAUCGUUGAGACUGUUUCGUUCGCGAUUUUUUGAGCUAUAAUUUUGCAGAUAAUUUAAUUCGCGUUUUGUACAAUGAUCGUUCGUGAUUUUCAUCUCGUUUCGAAUAUAUUUUAUCGACGGUAAUGCUUGGAAAAAAAAUAACGAACAAGGUGAAAAAUCGUACUAUGCGUUCAACCACAAUCAACCAGAAUCGUGUAAAUUUUAACGCACUGUUUUUGAACUCGUCAAAGUAACAUACUUCAAGACGUAAAUUACUUGUAUUUUUAGCCAACGGUUUCCUCCACCGCAAUAACAUGGUUCCGAUGAAAUGGCUAAAAUUAUCGUGUCUCGGAUUACUAUGGAUUGUGUUAUCAGCUGCGCUGGAAAUUCAUCCAUCUGCGGAAUUUUCGCGACAUGCUUUAAUAAGGCCGAAAAUCUACCACGGUCGAGAGAAACGGGAAAUAUCGUCUACUAAAGAAGCCGAGGAAGGAGUCAAACACGUGGACUUUUUAACGCUGACGAUUCCUUUACGGGAAGAAAAUAUCAUUUUAGAUUUAAGAUUAAACAGAGAUCUCAUUUCAAAAAACUAUUUCGAAAAGCACCAAAGCCACGACACGGGAUACAUCACGAAAUACCCAAAAGCUCACGAAAUUGAAUUAUGUCAUUACAACGGAAAUAUCAGAGGAGUACAGAAUUCAUGGGUAGCCAUAUCCACGUGUAAUGGCAUCAGAGGUGCAAUUUACGAUGGCCAAGAAAUGCAUUACAUAGAAAAUAUUCCAGUGCUCAACCAAACGAAGCUGACUGAUCCUCACGUACUUUAUAGUCAUUCUGAUCUCAAAUCAUCAAAUUUUAGCUGCGGUUCUUCGAAUACACCUCGCUUUGUACCUAAGGACAAUGUAGCCAAUGUGAAAAAUCACAGGGUUCGAAGAGAUACCUCCAUGUCCAAGGUUCACGGACCCUACAAUGCGAAUAAACAGUCGCGUUAUAUCGAAUUGGUAAUGGUGAUUGAUAAUAAAGAAUAUAAAGCUUUGAACGAAGACGUAAACAGGGUGUAUCAGCAUUGCAAGGAUAUCGCCAAUAUUGUAAAUUCGCUUUACGUACCAUUAAACAUAUUCAUCGCGUUGGUCGGCGUCGUGAUAUGGUCGCGAGACGACGAAAUCGUCUUAGAAUCUAACGGAGACAAGACGCUGACGAAUUUCCUAAAUUACAGAAAGGAUAGAUUACUGCAAGAACAUCCCAACGAUAAUGCUCAAUUAUUAACACGGAUGCAAUUUAGCGAAGGCGUUGUGGGUAAAGCGUUAAAAGGGCCUAUUUGCACAUUCGAGUUCAGCGGAGGAGUCAACGUGGAUCAUAGUAAUACGAUUGGAGUUGUAGCGUCGACGGUGGCUCACGAAAUGGGACAUAAUUUGGGCAUGGAACACGAUACUCCCGAGUGCUCUUGUCCUACUGAGAAGUGCAUCAUGUCUCCGUCAUCUAGUUCCUCCACGACUACAACUGAAUGGAGCUCUUGUAGUAUUGAAUAUUUAACUGUGGCAUUUGAACAUGGGAUGGAUUAUUGCUUGAGAAAUAAACCAGAAAGCUUAUUCGAUGGUCCAGUUUGUGGCAACGGUUUCGUCGAAGAUGGAGAACAAUGCGAUUGCGGAUUAAAAGAAAGAUGCAAUAAUCCUUGUUGCAACGCGUCCACUUGCAUGUUGCAUGCGAAUGCUUCCUGUGCCACCGGAGAAUGCUGUGAUUUACAGACUUGCAAACCUCAUACAGCUGGUACAAUGUGUCGAAGUGCUGAUCGAGAAUGUGAUCUACCUGAAUACUGCACUGGACAAUCUGAAUACUGCCCCGAGGAUGUGUAUAAAGUAGAUGGUGAAUCUUGUAAUAAAGCAAUGGCGUACUGCUAUAAAGGUAAUUGCAGAAGUCAUAGUGAUCAAUGUAGGCUGUUAUGGGGUCCAUCUGGUCAAAGUUCGGAUAUGCAGUGUUACCAGCAGAAUAUCAAAGGAAACAGGAGUGGGAAUUGCGGUUAUAAUCGAUUGAAUAUGUCGUACAUCAAAUGUAAAGACGAGAAUGUGUACUGUGGUAUGUUGCAAUGCAAACAUUUCAACGAGAAAUUAGAAUUCGGUAUGGAAUCGGUUGCCAUCUUAUCCCAUUUCUUCAUCAGUGUCGAUAACGCUGUGAUACCUUGUCGAACUGCCAUCGUUGACUUGGGUUUGAACGAGGUGGACCCUGGUUUGGCUCCCGAUGGUGCUAAAUGUGGUGAAAACAAGAUGUGUUUGAACCAAAAAUGCAUGGAAAUCGGUUCAUUGAGGGCAAUGUCCACCCCUGGAGCUUGUCCCCAUAAUUGUUACGGCAACGGAGUAUGCAACAGCAAAGGACACUGUCACUGUAAAGAUGGAUUUGAUCCGCCAUACUGCGAGUAUCCAGGAGUGGGAGGUAGUUUAGAUUCCGGGCCAGCUUCAAAUCCUAAUGUUCCUACUCGUAUCACAGCGAUUUUCUGGGUUUUGAUGCUGCUGCUGGCACCGCUGCUGCUGAUCCUCAUCUUGUAUUCGUAUUACGUUCGCAAGAGUCCGUCGUAUUUCUGGAAACGUGGCCAAAGACGCACAGUGCACUGCGAGAAAUCCAUCCAAAUCCACAUCAAUCGCAACGGUCAAUCGAGCGGCGGCGGCGGCAGCGCGAAUGGCAGCAGCACCGUGCAGUCUUUGCUAGCCAACGACAAAUCUUCGGCCGAAGAGAACCACGUCGUCGGAGGUGGUCCUCGUCUUAAAGAUGGCCUCAUCGGUAACUUCAAAGGAUUCAGCAUAACUCCAAUUUCCGGCGCCAAGAACACCUCGUCGAAACCAACUCCUGUUCGUCCAGCUCCAACAACUCCGGCAAAAACACCCAUUACGAGACCAGCACCACCUCCUCAUACCGUUCCAGUAGCUGCCGUCAAACCUAUGCGAAUCGCUCCAAGUGCUCCUCCUGCACCGCCAGUCGUGAAUAGUCAGCAUGUUGGCGAUGUUUCAAAAACACCUCCUGUGCUGCCUCCUCCGAACAAUCAGUCUACAGCUAGACCUUUGAUAAGUUCUCCUGUGCUGGAUAAUACGACAUCGUCUACGGUCAAAGAACUCAUCAAGAAGGAUUUACCAGCUCGACCCGCGCCUCCGGUGCCUUCUGCGGCGAAGACCAAUAGACCUUCUUCGACUCCUGGUACGUUGGAGGUGAAUUUAGAAGAUUUAGAAGUGGUCACGAAACCGUCGCCGAAAGAGCAGAGCAUGACGUUGAACAGGAUAGCAAGUUUUAUCUCGAAAUCAGCUCAGCAUCAUACGAGUAAGGCUGCAGAAGACAGAAGAGACGGUGUGGGCACGUUGAAGGCUGCUAAAAUAAAUAAAGAUACGUUGAAAAAUCUCAAAAUAUCGGAUCCGAUCCCACUGAGCGAACCGACAAUGCCGGUGAAUCCGUUGCCUUUGUCCAAAGAGCAGGAGAAAACUGUUGUGAUGAGAGCUCAAAGUCUGAGACAGAAUCCUAAAAAGGAACGUCCAUCGAUCCAUUCCUUCGGUUCGGUUCGGCUGCCUGCGAAUCGUCGACCGACCAGUAUACCAGCUUGUUCGAGACCCACGUCGCCUCCCCCGUGUCCCCCUUCGCAGCAGCAGACUGCCACAUCACAACCUCACAGCUCGGGGAAAUCGUAUUAUAAUAAUUAUCCCGCCAACGAGAACGAUACCGAAGAUAAUAUCUACGCUGUGAUCGAAGAAAGUCCUAGUGAAGAAGAGAUCAAAAGCCCAGAUAAUUCGCCUUCGAAAAAGGCGGCCACUUUGGCCAAUACCAGCGGUGGUUUGCUGAACGAGAUAGUCAACGAGAUCCAGGCUCGUAAUAUUGAUUCGAUUUACUCGACGCAUCAUCCGACCAAGAAAAAAUCAUCGCGAGAUGAUGCCAACGAUUCAUCUUCAUCGUCGCCUAAUGAAAAUCAAUUAUACGAGAAUACCUCUUCGUGUACGGACGAGUACCCUAAGUCAAGCUCGAGUUCGACCAACUCCGGAUACCUGAUGCCGAUUCGAAAUCCGGCCACGAACAAGUCGAGUACACCUAGUUCAAAAAUCCAAGUACCUGAGAAAUCAGCUCCCGGAUAUAAACCUUUUAGCGAUUCUAAAAAACAAAUCACCCCCAUUGUACAAUCUUUACACACGAAAUCCAGGCUUUCUUCGGAUAGCAGCUUAGCGAAUUCUAGUCAAGAUACGACGACGACGGCGAAGAAACUAGCGCCGGGUAAUAAAUCGACUGUAAGCUCAGCUAUUAGUAAAUUUCAACCUGACGAUCAAGUGAAAAUUAAACCGAGUAUAAUCAAACCUAAACCUGCCCCUGGUAAGGUAAACGCUGCUGCUAAACCUGCCAAAGCUCCUAGUGUCGCGUCCAUUCAACAGAAAUUUGAAACUCAGGCAAAGUCUACACCCAGGAGUAGCUUUAAUAAUAAGACAGAUUCUAGUAGGUCUAGUUUUAAGAAAUGAUGAUUCUAAGUGUGUGUUUUUUUUUAGCGAUUCGACUGAUUUUUUUUCAUGUUGUUGUUGUUGUUGAUGUUGUGAUGAUGGUAUUUGUCGAAAGGUUUCGUGGUUUUGUGAUGAUAUCGUGUGAUGACGAGAUGCUUUCGAGCAAUGAUUUAGAAAGGUUGAAAUUAUGAUGCCAGGUUUUGAAAGUUGAUUCGUCGAAUACGUUGUCUGACGACGAACGAGUUGAAUUUGAUUUUCUCGCGAGGAUUAAUUGAUGGUCGAAGGGUGUCUAAAAAGUUUUGCAACGUUGAAAUUGUUAAAAAAGUUGGGAAUUUUUUUUUUUGCUGGAUACUCUGAAUGAAGACGAUUCUGCCAAUCUGAUGUCAGAAUUUGAAAAAAUGUUGGCAUUUUUUUUUAUGAGACAAGAGUCUUUUUUGUUGGGGAAGGUCAUUGCCCAUCUUAUGCGUCCAAUGUCUCAAGUAAAAUGUGCCAAUGUUCAGUUUUUUUUUCUUCAAAAUUUCAUGUAGUCUGAAAAAAUUGUUUCUAAAUCUGAGUUUCACUUCUUCUAAUUUUCGUCAAAAUCUCCAGAAUUCAAAAUGUUGAAAACUGCGUUUAUUUCGAGAAAAAUUAUGUAAAAAUUAUCUCAAAAGUAUUCCCAUUUCCCCUCCCCUCCAAUUUUUAUUAUUCAUUUUCAAUUUUAAUCUGAGGAGAAGUUGACGAGGGGUGAGGCGGAGGCUGAAAAAACUACGUGAAAAAUGCCUGCCAAAAAUAGUCUUGAAAUAAUUUCAAACGUCUUUAUGAAAAUUUCAGUUCUCUUCUUCUCACUCUUUUUCUCUCUCUACAAAAUCUGCAAAUUUCAAAAUUUGUUGAGAAAUUAUUUUUUUGGAAAAAAUCUUAUAAAAAUUUACUCGAAGAUGUUAUUGGUUUAUUCAUUUAUUCGUUGAAUAUCCCAGAUGGCAAAUGGGAGGGGAAAAGAGGUAGAAGAAGAAUGCAUGAAAAAUGGUUCAUUUUUUAUGCACUCCUUUUUUACCUCUUUUUCUCUAAAAAAUUCGGUAGGAUUGACUUCAAAAUUACCUAUUUGAUGAAAAUUUGAGUUCUCUUUCCUCACCCCCUUGCUUCUGUAAAAUCUCAAAAUUUCAAAAUGUUGAAAAAAAUUUGGAAAAAACUUAUGAAAAUUAUCUUUGAUGUUUUCAAUCCAUUUUUUAAAAUUCAUUUCAAUUUAUACCUUGACAAAGGAAAGAGAAGGAAAGGAAUGGAGUGGAGGGGAGAGGAGGAGAAAAAACAAGGAUAGUGAAUGAAAAAUUGUUUCAAAUGACUUCAAAAAGACUAAGUAUAUAAAAAUUUGAAAGCUCUCCCAGUUUCCCCUCAUCUUCUCACUUCUGCAAAAACUCUAAAUUUUAAAAUAUCGAAAAAAAGUUUUUUUGUAGAAAAAAUUUUUCGAACUUGAAAAUUUUUUUUAUCAAAAUAUUUUUUAUCUAUUUUUUUCAUCGAGAAAUCUGUUUCGAAAUUAUUUUUAAAAGGCAUCUCUCCUCCCUCUCUUCUUCUCAAAGAAAUUUUCCGGAGCUCAAAAUGUUGGGGAAAAACAAAAAAGUCUAAUUAAAAUAAACUUGAAAUUAUGUUUCACUCAACUCGUUUCUUUAUUCUCAUUUCAACCUUUAUUUUUGAAAGAAGUGGAGGGGAGAGGGAGAUGAAGAGGGCUGGGUAAAAGAUGUCAUUUUUCUGUGUUUUUAUCAAAUUUUUAAAAUGAUGAGAAAUUGGGUAAAAGUGGCGAAAAAGUUGUUCGAAAAUAUAUUUAAAAAACAUCUCCCUUCAAAUUCUCUAGAGCUCAAAAUGUUGAGGGAAAAGAAGAAGCCUCAUAAAAAUUAACUUGAAAUUAUUAGCUACGUAUUCAACUCAUUUCUUUAUUCCCAUCUCAAAUUCUAUUUUUUGUAGGGGAGAGGAGGAGAGAGGGAGAAAGCUAAGUAAUAGGCGCCAUUUUUCUGCGUUUUAAUCAAAUUUUUAAAAAUGAUGAGAAAUUUCGUGAGUUAAAAAAAAUUGUUUUAUUGGCUAAAAAACGAUAAAAUUAUGGCUGCGAUCAAAUAAAAAUUUUCGCAUGAAAAAACCAAAAAAAUUUCCGUCCAUCUUUUCCCUUUCUUCUUUUGUCAUAAAAUUUUUUUUCGGGAUCAAAUUGUCAAUUUUCUUUUAAAAAUUACCUAUCUGCACAUUUUUAUGAAAAAGUAAAGGUUUUUUUUCUCGAAAAUUAUUAUUUUUUUCAGUUUUGAGUUUUGCUGUAAGUAUUAAACAUUUCCUGGGGAAGGGGGGGGGGGAGUUGAAAUUUUUUUCUCAUCUUUUGGGGAUCAUUUUACCACAAUUUUUACGUAGUUGAGCUCGUUGAAAUUUUUAAAAAUGUUGCGGAUUCCUUCAAAAUAAUUAAUUUUUUUGAUGUGUCCUAAAAAUGAACACUGAACAGUCUGAAGUGUCUAUAUGUAUUAAUCUUGAUUCUCAAUUAGGUAUUCUAAAAAAAGUGAAAAAUAGUGUUUUGGAAUUUUAUGACGAUAAUUGGAAGAGGUAGAGGGGUUAGGAUGAAAAAUGCGAUUUUUUAUUUUUUUUUAUGAUUGUUUUGAACAAAUUAUUUUUAUUCUGAAUUUUGAUUAGAAAUAUUUUCUUACAUAUUUUGUUUAUCUUGAAAUUAUUAUUAGCAAUUAAUGCCCUGAAAAUGACUGAAAUGAUAAAGAGGGAGGAGGGGGGGGGGGUGCUUCUAAAAAAAUUUUCAAAGCAAUUUUCAUUUGAAAAUUUAUUAUCUUGGGUCUUGAUUUAAAACAAUGUGACCUAUGUAUUUUCCUAGUUGAAUUUAUCUUGAAAUUUUUGAAAACUGUUGGGAAAAAUACCAAAAGUGUAGAAUUUUUUGCCCAAUGAAUAUUAAAAAUUUGGACCAAUGCUUCUAAUGAAUGACUGUGUAUUCAAUAUCAAAAACUCUCAGGGCUCAAUUGACCAAUCGUAUUUGACGAAUCACUUUGAAAAAAUAUCAUAAAAUUCACUCUAGUGACCCGUUUGAAUGAUUCAAGGUGCUACAUCUGAAACUCAACUCACGUUUUGUUACCGAUUUACUGAAAGUGCUUCGUUUACUGUAUGUACAUUGCGGAAAUAUUGUGAUAGAAAAUGAUAUUUUAGAAGCUUGCGAAACGAAAGAGAAUAUUGAUUAGGUAGUUUAUAUAGAAAAAUGAAAAUUGUGUUCAAUUUAUGCAUAUUAUUAUAUAAGACAUAAACAAAUUGAUAUCUAUUAGGAUAAAACUAUAUUCUACAUUGUAUUUUUGAGACACUUCAUUUUUAAAAGGUGCUGGAAAAUGAAACGAUUUUCAUUUUCUUCGUAUUUCAUUGUCAUCAGUCUCUCUCUCUAUCUCUUUCUCUCUUUCUUUUAUUUGUUUUUUUUUUACAUAAUGUGUUUGUUUUUUUUCCUUUUUUUUUCUUUAAUGAUUUAUAAUGUACUUUGUGCCUGUAGUAUUUUUCUUUUGUAAAUCUGUAUGAUUUUUUUUUAUUUUUUUUUUUUUUAUUAUGUAUUUAAAUUUUAUUACGUUUAAUUUAUUUAUGUAUUUGCAUGCAAAUGGGAGCGUUUACCUAGUACGACGACGGUGCGUCGAUUGAAGGUUAUUUUGUUGUAUCAAAUUGCACCAUAUGUGUAUAGGAUUUUUGUUGAAUAUUGUGUACUGCUCAAUAUGUGAUAUGAUUCGUGAUACUUUUACGCGUAGUGUGAUUAUUAUAAACUUAUAAUCGGAUUACAGAAAAAAAUUUACAAUAUACUUUGGCUGAGUUCCCCCUUCAUACCUCUCUGUUUCUGCAUAUUAAAUGAGUACAUAGGUACUUAUAGAUAGAUAUCGCGUAAUGAACUAUCAACGAUACGAUUAUAAGCAGCUUUUUUUUUUAUUACGAAUCGACUCGAUAUAUUUUUUUAUGAUAUGUUAUUGAUAUCUACUAAAUUUACCCACAUUUUCAUUUUUGUGUGUAUAUUUUUUUUUUGACAACCAAUCUAUAAAAUGGUUACCAAUUUUGUGUGUACGCUGCAUUUAUGUUUAUUUUUCAAUUUUUUUUCUUUCCUUUUUUCUAAUUGGCUCAUUAUAUUGUAAUGUGUGAUUGUUGUGUUUUUUUUCUCCUUUAUAUAUUCCGAUUCGACGAAUUUUAUAUAUAAAAUUAUUACGAAAUUGAAAAAAAAUUAAUAAAAACAUUGUAUAAUUUUCAUUCACUUUUGUAUUAAGCCAAAGGUUAUUGCAUUAAGGAAAUAAGACAUCGCUUGUUCCUUUCAUAGAUGAUAAUAAAGUUGUCGUGUAUUUUUUCA